AUGUCGGCAGCCCAGCGCAUGCCCAUCCUAGGAGGCACACUCGCCAUUGGAAUCACUGGUGGUGCUAUGGCCUUGAUUCCUUCCUUUCGCGAGGCCGUGACACGCUAUCUAGGCAUCUCAGCUCCAGGAGGUGUUUGGCGCAUCCUAGCCAUCUUCUUUGCAUUGCUGAGCAUCAAGAGUUUGCCAUUUGUGUGGCAUUCCAACUCGACCUACUUUGCCGAUCUGGACGUCAGUCGCGCUGCCUUCGUAGGCGUAUUGCUCAAAAAGUCUCUCGCACGCUUGAAUGGCGGAGACCUAACCGGCCUCCCCGAAGAAGCCAAAAAAGUCAAAGGAACAUAUAUCGUAGCAUUGGGAGGUGUAGGCUGUAUCUUCAGGAAAGAAAUCAAACCGCUUGAAAAAUUCGAGGUUUGGACACGGCUGUUGACUUGGGACGAUAAAUGGAUUUACAUCGUCAGUCAUAUCGUCAAGCGUGGAGCAAAGAAGCCUUCAAACUAUUUCUUGCAAUCGUGGAGAAAUGGAAGAGGUGGAAAGAAGCANAGUCAAAAAGAGGGAGAAGACAAGAUCAAGAGCAUUUAUGCUACCAGUCUUGCUAAAUAUGUGGUUAAGAAGGGACGCUUGACGAUUGCGCCUGAGAUUGUGCUUAGGAGAUCGGACUUGUUGCCUGAACGACCUGCCAACCAACCUGCCGUUCCUGCGCAGGUAUCGGACACACCUACGCCUGAAGGAGGAGAAAAGCCAUACAUGUCGAGUCCGGAGAACCUCGUUGCGCAAGUCAUGGGCCAGCUCCGAUCUGAAAACAUGUUCGACAAGGAGCAGGCAGCCAAAGAGGGAGAAAUGACUUGGAAAGAGGUCGAGACAAAGAGACUCAGAGGACUGGAGAUCGCUCAGCAUUUCGACGGCCUGACUGCUCUGCACGGUGAGUGGAACGCCGACGACAAUGUCAUUGGCGAGUACGGAGAUUUCUUCUGGUGA